AUGUCUGAGGGUGAGAAUGCCCCUGAGGAGAAACCCCCCGAGGAAAAUGCCCCUGUGGAAAACGCCCCUGAGGAUAACACCCUCAGUGCUCCACCUCCACCACCCAAGCAAAUGGGACCUACCACACCACGCAAGGGCCCCCCCAAGUUCAAGCAAAGGCAAACAAGACAGUUCAAGAGCAAGCCUCCUAAGAAAGGAGUAAAAGGUUUUGGAGAUGAUAUCCCAGGAAUGGAGGGACUUGGAACAGAUAUUACAGUGAUCUGCCCCUGGGAGGCGUUCAGCCAUCUGGAGCUUCACGAAUUGGCACAGUUUGGAAUCAUCUAAUUCACUUCAAUUCUUGUCUCCUCUGAAGCUCAGAACAGCAUUUAUUACCUG